UUAACUUUGCCUUUGGUUUAUCUCCAAAUAGUCUCUAUUUUUUUUCUGAAAAAAAAAGUUCAUUCUUUUUUAUGGUGGAGGGUGGUUGGGGUGAUUGGGCGAUGAUAAAGGUCUAGGCCAUAAUCCUCGAAUGAACGGAUUGCAUGCAUAUCCAACCAAAUUAAAUCGGACAACAAUAAGGGAAUCUCAAGUUCCACGCCUUCAUGUACUACAGUCUGGUCCGAUCCGCUUUCUUCUCUUUGUCGUCUCCUUAAUCCAACCCGCUUCCACAUGGGAUCGGAGUCUGACCGAGUCUGCUCUAUUGCAUCCGCAUUACCGCAACCUCCGCAAAUCUGAAUUAAAAGGCUGCCUCCUGCCAAAUUCAAGAAUACAUCUUCUCCUUUGUUAUCUUUCCUUCUCGCUGCUGUUGUUGUUGCUGCUGCUGCUGCAAGAGAUGCACCGAUCGGCGAGCGCAUCAAGGACGUCAGAGGAGUACUAUAUGAGCAUGACGACGGGAGGAGGAGGAGGAGGAGGAGGAGGAGGGGGAGGGGGAGGAGGAGGGAAGGGACUGUCAUCGUCUCCCGGCUACCGGUCGAGCCUGGACGUGGACCAACUUCCCACCUACGACCCCCUCUCCGACGCCUCCAAGAAGGCGGCGCUGCGUGCCCGCUUCGCCGAGAACAUGGUCCAUCUCAUCCCCCUCGUCCUCAUCUUCUGCGCCAUGGUCCUCUGGUUCUUCUCGCACCCCGAGAUCGAUAUGGUGAAUACAGAUGAUUCUAUUGUUGCUAGAAUCAAGAACAUGACCAUCGAUGGCUACAGCAGCUGGAAUGGCUCAUCGAUGACGAUAGGGUUGGGGGAUUUGGAUCCAAUCGAUGGGAUCGGGAUGGAAGACAGCGGCAGAGACACCGAGAACAAAGACAAUGAGGAAUGAGGGGAGUGUUUUGCUGCAUACAUCAUUGCGAUGAGGAAAUUUGCCUGUCAUGAAGAAUGGAGGGUGUGGAGUGACAGGUUUCCCCUUUUUAUCCUGUUUGGGAGGAUGAAUUCUGAUCCAACUUCUCAAGAAAAAACACACAGAAAAAUAUCACGCCAUGCUUGUAGAUAUCCAUGUAGGGUUGAUGCAUUCACAAUUUUUCAGGUCUCUAUUGGUCGAGGUUUGAAAUGAUGCCUUACUCCAUGAUCACGCCAUGAUCAGCUUGCUAUUGCUAUUGCAACUAAGCUACCUGCAUAAAUUGCUCGCUGAUCACAAUGACGUAAGGACUUUGUAUUACCAUUGGUUAGUGUUGAUUCUAAUAAUACAAUCUUUAGACCAUACUUCA